AUGCAGCUCGGACAAGUAAUCAUAAGAAAAGAUGAAGACGAAGAUGAUAAUAACAACCUUUACUAUCCACCUCAUCAUCAUUAUCAUCGUAAUUUCUACGUCGUCUUCAACGUCAUCUUCAACGUCAUCAUAGUUUCCAUCAUUUUCAGCUCCUCAAAAGUUGUGGCUUUAAACCAACCGAGCAAAAGCUUGUAUCAAACAUUGUUAAUAGAGUCGGAUUACAACAAAUUGAUAAGGCCUGUCGGUGAUAUUUCUGAUACUUUGAUUGUAAAUAUCGGAUUGAGGUUGAUUGCCAUCGUCGACAUCGAUGAAAAAAAUCAAAUAAUGACAACAAACGUCUGGCUUGAGCAGUCAUGGCGUGACCACAAGUUAGUAUGGCGCCCAGAGGAUCAUGGAAACAUCACGAAGCUCUACGUACCGACGGAUGCUAUCUGGCUGCCUGACAUCGUUCUUUAUAAUAGCGCGGACGGAAACUUCACGAUAAAAAUAGUAACGAAGGCGACUGUGCACUACGAUGGUCUGGUGACUUGGACGCCGCCAGCCGUCUACAAGAGCCUCUGCCUCAUCGAUGUUGAAUACUUCCCAUUCGACGAACAACUUUGCACCCUCAAGAUUGGUAGUUGGUCGUACGAUGGUUUCUCAGUGGACAUCAGGCAUAAUUCACUAGCUCAGGACGCCGAUGAUUCUGUAUAUAUCGAGAAAGGCAUCAACCUGUCUGACUACUCGGCCAGCACGGAAUGGGACCUGCUGUCGGUUCCGGCCCAGAAGUACGUCAAGUACUACCCCUGCUGCUCCGAGCCCUUCCCCGACAUCAAAUUCAACAUCACCAUCAGGAGGAAGACGCUGUACCAUGCCGUCAACCUCAUCCUUCCCUGUGUGGCCAUCUGUGCCCUGACCCUCCUAGUCUUCUUCGUUCCGGCUCUUUCCGGAGAAAAAAUAACAAUGGCCAUCACGAUCCUGAAUUCGUUGAAUAUUUUUUUGCUCUUGGUGGCUGAGAUAAACCCGCCCACCUCCCUGGCCACACCUCUCAUCGGCAAGUACCUCCUCUUCACCAUGGUGCUCGUCACGUGCUCGAUUAUCGUCACCGUUUUCGUGUUGAAUGUCCACUUCCGGUCUGCCUCGACGCACGUGAUGAGCGAUAGAGUGAGGACUUUGUUCCUUGAGGUUCUUCCGCGAUUGUUGUUCAUGCAGAGGCCGCAAGAUAAGUACAAGCAUAGGGAGAUGAUGAACAGGUUGGAUAUGAGUGGUGUGGGCGGUGGUGGAGCUGCUGCUGCUGCUGCUGUGGCUGCCGGUGGUGGUGCUACCGCUGGUGGUGGUGGUUCUCGGAGGAAAAAAUCGAGUGCUGAUGGUGCGAAAGCUGUAAGAAUCGUCGAAGGAUAUGAUGAUGGAGGUGUUGGUGGGGAGGGCGAUGGUGGAAAUGACCGCCAGGGAGAUGAUGGAAGCCUCCAGGACGACGAUGAGGUCGGGGAAGAUAAUGAAGACUUCGCAGGCGACGAUGGCGAAGAUGAGGACGACGAUGGUGAUGACGACGAUGAUGAUGACGAGUCUAACGACGACGAUGAUGAGGAGGAGGAGGAGGAGGAGGAGGAAGAGGAGGAGGGGGAUGUUGGUGAUAAUAGUGACCGAAAAUGCAACUUGCCUCCAACUCUCCGUCAGGCCGUCAUCGGGGUCAACUUCAUCGCCACACAGAUCAAGGAACAAGAUGAAGCUGAUAGCGUGAAAGAGGACUGGCAGUUCAUAUCGAAGGUCAUGGAUCGAUUGUUCAUGUGGAUUUUCACGGCAGUCUGUGCCCUCGGAACCUUCAGCAUCAUUCUGCAAGCCCCAAUGCUCUACGAUACGAGGCCUCUCAUUGGUUGAUUCAUACUUAGGAGACUUUUGAUUGGCUGACGAUUUUACGUAACAAAUUUAUGAUUGGCUGACGAUCUUACGUAGAAAACUUUUGAUCGCAUGAUUUACAUGAUACACGAAUGACGAGAAAUUUUGUUGUGGAAUGUAUAACGUUUGAACGGCUGUUAAUUUUUUUUUGAACAAUUUGAUUGGCUGGCUGUAGGCUGCAAGAAAUCUGAUUGGACGAUUAUUGUAUCGCUCUUUUUGAUCUAAAUAGUUGAAUUAAAAAUGGUCUUUGCUUUUAAAAAUGAAAGAUUUUUUGUUGACAUUUUGAUUGGCUGGUUGGCUGAUUGAUUGAUUGAUUGGUUGGUUGACUGAUUGAUUGGUUGACUGAUUUAUUGAACUAGGAGCAUUAGACUGAAAGAUUUUUUUUUAAAUAUAUAGCUUAUUAAAUGAUUUUAUUUGUAGUAUUUGUAAUAAAGUUAAAAGCUUG